AUGGACCCUCUAUUUGCUCAGAAUGGUCGCCUCACAGCAAAGAGUGAUGUUUAUAGUUUUGGAGUUGUGCUCCUGGAACUGAUAACCAGAAAAAAAGCAAGAACAGAGUUUGGGGAGAUUGCCUUGGUUGAAAGUUUUAUUCAAUCUCUUUCAAAAGGAUUUAGGAGUGUGAGGGAGAUGUUUGAUCCUGAAAUUGUAACAUCGAGCGACAUCAAGACUAUCCAAGAGAUUGCUAAGUUGGCAGGCCAAUCAUUUGAGCUGGAGGACCUGCUUCAGGCAUCGGCUGAAGUUCUGGGCAAAGGUACAGUCGGAACAACAUACAAAGUGACGCUUGAUAGUGGAUAUGAGCUGGUGGUCAAGAGGCUGAAGGAAGUGGUCUUGCCGAAGGCGAAGUUUGAGCAGCACGUCACACAGAUUGGCGCCAUCCAGAACAAGCACGUUGUGCCACUGCGGUGGUAUUACUAUAGCAAGGAUGAGAAGAUGGUAGUGUAUGAUGUCAUCCUCAUGGGUAGCCUAGCAAAAGUGCUCUAUGGUGACAAAGGUUCUAGCCCAGCUCCACUGGACUGGGAGCAGCGGUCGGCCAUCUCACUUGCUGCUGCACGUGGUGUGGCGGCUAUCCAUUUAGCUGGAAGAUCGAGCUGCCAUGGCAACAUCAAGUCUUCGAACAUCCUACUCACCGGCACCCACGAUGCAUGUGUGUCGGAGCAUGGCCUCAUAGCACUUGGCAUCUAUUCCAUUGCCUCCGGCUACCGCGCGCCUGAGCUCGUCCACAAUUGGUGGGGCUCUCAGAAAGCUGACGUGUACAGCUUCGGCAUCCUACUGCUGGAGCUUCUCACGCGCAAGGCCCCAACAAAUAGCAGAAAGGAUGUCGAGGGAGUUGAUUUGCUACGGUGGGUGUGUUCUGUUGUACGUGAGAAGUGGACAGCGGAGGUGUUCGAUGUGGAGCUCAUAGGGCGGGAGCAGAAGGACGUGGAAGAGGAGUGCAUGGUGCGACUUCUGCAGCUCGCCAUAAACUGUUGCAGUCAAGAUGCCGACCGGAGGCCUACAAUGUCUGAAGUCGUGCAGCAGAUCGAGGAGAUCAGACAGUCCUGAUCACUGACCAAGAACCUCGCAAAUUAUAGUGAGUGGAAGUCGCCUGGUCACAGUUACAUUCAAAUGUCAUAUAUUUCCGGGACCCCCUUUCAUCUUGUUUCCUGGAGAAUUGC